UCUUGCCAUUUCGUCCCCUCCAAAAAUGAGCGAAUCCAGAACAACCCAAAAUUUUAGAGCAUUUGCCAAGUUCGGCUCUUUUUUCGCAAGUUUUCCCUAUUACUUUUCUACCGAAAAAACAGUCAAAAUCCCAUUUCUCCUUAAACUUUACUGCUACGGAAUUUUCUUGCUUUCUCUAAUCAUACUUGUGCAAAUUACACCAGAUUACUUGGCAAAUCUUCAGUGGAAAACUACUUCAACUCGUCCCACAGAUAAUUUCUGUUUCACCUCCUUCAUCGCCAUAUUUUUUAUAGUUAAAAUAGUUUCCUAUGUUAUUUGUCUCCUAAAAAAUAGAAAUAUUGUCAAACUUCUAGCAUACUUUGAUUCAUAUGAUGAGGAAUCCCACUUUGACACUAAAAAGAACAUAAGUCCGAUCGACUUCCAUUUUUGGGGUUUAUUGACAGGCUCAUUGAUCACAAUUGUUGGAAAUUAUCUCGUCGCACGGCAUCAAUUUGUUGUAAUUUUGUCCUCAGAUAAUGCAAAAUAUUACUUGGUAACUUUGCUUUCUUGGGGAAAUAUCGACAUUGCAAUUUUCUUAAACUACGUAGCACACUGCUUUUGUGAGGUCUCUUUCAUCUUUCACAUGUGCACGCUGGUGUACUUUUUGCGAUGUUUGAAGCAAAAAAUGAUCGCUCUGCAGAAUCAAAUUGUAGAAAAAAAUUUAGCGAAUGAUAAAGUUGUGGUUUUUGAAAAUAUGUUAUUAUCUAGGAAAGUAUUUCAUAUUAAUAAAAUACCUGGAUAUGAGAAAGCUGUAGUAGGAUUUGAAAAUCCAGUGGAAAAGCUGCAAAAACUUGUCAGAAUUAUGAGAGAGAUUAAUUGUUUUUGUGGCGAAUUUAUCUUUGUAUUCAUAAGUUUGACGUUAUGCAUGGGAAUAGUUUUGCUAUAUGUAAUCAUAACUUCGCUAAUUUAUAUGGCAACUGCCGACAGAAACCUGGAAAUUAUGAAACUUGGCAUGUUCGCUCUGACGACGGUGUUUCUUUUUUCAGCAUUGAAAGUUGCGGUUUUAGUUAAUGCUGGCGAACAGUUGAAGAAUGUGAGACAGAAUUUCAUCUUUAACUUGGAUAUGAUACGACAUGAAAAUAUUCACCAGAUUUAUGAUGAUAAUACCGUCGGGGAUUUAAAGCAAUUGAUUAAAAACCAUAAAUUUGAAAUAAAUGCUUGCGGCUUUUUCAUAGUGAACCGAAAAUUGGUUGUAGCGAUGAUUGGAUCAAUGAUAUCUUUCAUUGUUGUGCUCGUCCAAUUUCGCUCCACGGAAUGAAAUAAAUUGAAAGUCAUGAUUUCUUGAUUAUAUAAUAGAAGGCCGAAGAUGGAUAAUUUAAUUAGUUAAGAUCUUUCGACAACUCAAAAAAUUGAAGCAUAGUAAUUUUCCCUUUAUAUUGUGCAAUUUUAUUAUGUUAGACAUUUGUUAAGAUGCAUAAUUUGUGCAGAGCGACGCUAUCACCAUUCCAGACUCAUUGUACAUAAUUUGGUCCUUAGCAUUGUGAUAAAAUAAUGAAUUUUUGUUCAGUUUAUUUCAUUACAAAACCUUCAAUUGUUAUCACUUGAUCUUUAGAAAGGACUAAUUGGCAAACUGUAUUAUUUCAAUAACUAAUAAGUAAAUUUGACACACCCAGUCCUCAAACUUGGACAAAACCUAAUUUCUAAAGUCUCAAAAUUUAUAAGACAAUCAUAAACUCUUAGUAAUUGCUCCAACUAAUUAGGAUUAGUUUUCCUAGUUUAUUUUUCAGACCCUUGUCAAGUAAUCAUUGCACGAAGUCUAUUAAUCUGUUCUAAAGCAAAUGGAGACCAUCAUUGCUUUCAGCCUACAUAAAUACGAAUAAAGUAAAUAAUUUAUUUUCAUGGAGAA